AUGGAAGCAUUAAACAAGCGGCGGGAGAAGAUCAACCAGCACUUCAUCGAGCUCUCCACUGUCAUCCCCGACCUCAAGAAGGAGCUCCAAGAAAAGCUCAAGGUGCUUGAAGACGGUGGCAAUGAAAGAUUACAUCGACAAAAACUGAUUUUCGACGAAGGGAAGGCGUGCAGCGAGCUCGUGAGCUUUUCUGAUUCCAGUGGCUCUUCACAGACAAUUCUUCUGGAAUAUAGCGAAGAAUGCAGUUGGGCUCCCAUCUUUGUGAGGCAGUCAAAUUUCAAGUUACCUGAUGAUCCGUCCACUCCUAUUAUCAUGAUUGGUCCUGGGACAGGGCUGGCUCCUUUUAGAGGCUUCUUGCAGGAAAGGUUAGCAUUGAAACAAUCUGGGGCAGAAUUGGGCACUUCAAUCCUUUUCUUUGGAUGCAGGAACCGUAAUAUGGACUACAUAUAUGAAGAUGAGUUGCAAACUUUCCUUGAGGAGGGGGCGCUUUCUGAGCUAAUUGUUGCAUUCUCUCGGGAAGGGCCAACAAAAGAAUAUGUGCAGCAUAAGAUGGUGGAAAAGGCCACAAAAAUUUGGAACGUCAUCUCAAAUGGUGGUUACUUAUAUGUUUGCGGUGAUGCCAAGGGAAUGGCUACAGAUGUACACAAAAUGCUUCGUACAAUAGUCCAAGAGCAGGUAGAUGACAACCGCAAUUCAUCAUCUAAUACGUGA